UCAAAAUCAAACCACCCAAAUUCCUCCAAAAAAUGGCCAUCCCAUUUGCAGAAUUCCCAGAAAACCCCUUGAAUUUUAAAAAAUUCCACAAAAAUCCCAAAAAGCAAAGCUUGGGAAAAGUAAAAAUGAACAAUCCCAAUCUAAAAUCAUUUUGGGCAUUUUUAUCAUCCCUAGUCAUAUACAUAUGUGUGUUCUACACCUUCAACCUUUCACCAUCAACCCUAAUCUACACCACCAAAUUUUGGUUUUUCAUAUCAAACACCCUCAUCCUCAUCGCUGCCGUAGAUUUCGCCGCCUUUUCGUCAGCAAAACGACACGAUUUACUAGACGAAAAACAUGUGCUCAAUUACACAUCACCAAAAAGCAACAUGGAGCGAAUGAUUGUCCAAGGCACUAGUGCCACGUCGCCAAAAAACGGCGCAAUCAUCCCGUUCGAGGAGAGGGCGACGUGGCACAACUCCGAAGAGGGAAAGGCGGUGGUUUUGCAUAGAACAUUGUCGGAGAAACAACAUGAUUGCGAAGAUCAUGGAUUAUUGGAAGAGGAGAGGCUUGAUGAGUUUUCAAGUAUGUCGAAUGAAGAAUUGAAUACAAGAGUUGAGGAAUUUAUUCGACGAUUUAAUAGGCAGAUUAGGCUUCAAGCUGUCAUGAAUCGAAAGAAUUUGGAGAUGAACCAAAUUCAAUAGAUUCUUGUCCAAGUUUUUUUCGUCCCUAAAGUGAGGCUUUUAGAUUCUUGUAAGUAGAUGGAGAGUUAAUAUUA